AUGGAUGUUGAUAUACCCACCGUGGGCACGCCUACGAAUGGGGGCGCAUCGCUCCUUGGGUCUACUACUGGCGGCACCACUGAGCUCCAGCAAAUACUGUCUACGUUCAAGCCCACCAGGUUAUUCCGCCGCAAGGACCUGAGACCAGAUAAGCCGCCGCCACAUGUACUCUCGCUGGACUUCAAUGACCCGGGCGACCUCUGCAUGACUUCGGAGAGCGAUGAGACAAUCCAGCUAUACAACGUUCGGGAAGGUCGACACGACAAAAACCUAGCCAGUAAGAAGUAUGGCGUGAAACUGGCCAAGUUCACCCAUAGUGGUACAAGUAUAAUAUACGCUAGUACAAAGCAAAACGAUGCCAUCCGAUAUCUUGAAACGUUCGACAAUAGCUUCAUCAGGUACUUUGAGGGCCACAAAGAUGCGGUGACCAACCUCGAAAUGCACCCUGGCGGCGACAAUUUCAUAUCGGCCAGUCGGGAUAAUACCGUGCGACUAUGGGACAUCAGGUCUAAGAACUCUGUUGGCCAGCUGUUCCUCAACACGCCCUAUCUGCUGGCCUGGGACCCGUCGGGUGAGGUUUUCGCCGUCGGCUCCCCUAGGAGCGGCUCCAUACUGCUCUACGACUACAAAAACUACAUCAAAGCCCCUUUUGCAACCUUUGACAUCGUCGAGGCCUGCAAGGAGGUGGAUGCCUCGCGCCUCCUCCAGGGCUGGACGAAACUGGAAUUCUCCAACGAUGGCAAAUGCAUCCUGCUCGGCACCGACGGCGCCGGGCACCUUCUGCUCGACGCCUUUGACGGCAAGCUUAAGGCAAACCUGCGCAAACCGGACUCCUGCACCUCGCGUGUGGCCCCAGGCGAGGGGAGCGGGCACGGUGAUGUAGAGAGCAGCGGCGACUGUUGCUUCACGCCUGACGGGCGGUUCGUUAUGGGGGCAAACAGGGGCCAGAAUGUUUCGGUAUGGGAUGUCAAUGGGGCUGUGGGAGAAAACAAGAGGAUGGACCCGGCUUUCACGCUCGAGGAUAAGAGGGAGGCCGCCGUGUUGGCAUUCAACCCCCGAUUCAACUUCUUUGCGACUGCGGACCGGGACUUGAUCUUCUGGAUGCCAGACCCUUACGUUUAA